UUCAGUGAUCACCUCACUGAGGUCUCUGCUGUGAGCGGAUGAUAGGUGGCUGAUAAACUUUGCCUCUGAAAUCCCUAAGGGAAGAAUAAAUCCCUACAUCCUCCUUCUUGUUUUGGGCUUCCUCCUUUACAGACUUUCAGCUAAAACCUCUUUGAAUAGUUUUUUUUUUUGUUUCUUUUCUGUAUCACCAUGGAUAUUGGUGGCUUGACCACAGUGGUGGCCAACUCUGCCUACAUCUCUGCCCGUGGGAGCUUCGAUGGCACCGCCAAUCCAGCCGUCAACCGAGACAAGAAGUUCCGCGCCCGCCUGAAGCUGCCUCACAUCACCGUCUGUGAAGGUCUGCGUGAAACCUUGGAUCUGGGCUUCAACACUGUCUGCGUGGAGCAGCCCAUCGGCAAACGGCUUUUCCAGGAGUUCUUGGACUCCAACAGCGAGUACAAAGGCCCCUGCCGUCUUUGGAAGGAUAUCGAGGAAUAUAACAUGGCUGAGGACGAGGACAGAGCCAGUAAAGCCAGCAAGAUCCUGUCUCGGUACAUGGAGCCCGAUGCCAAGUAUUACUGCCCCUUUCUGCCGGAGAAUGGCAUCACAAAGGUCAAGGAGAAACAUCAGGAAGCCGGCGACGAUCUUUUCAAUGAGACCUUGGACAGCGUCAUGGACUUCCUCAAAGAAGUGCCCUACACUUUCUUCAUGGAGAGCAUGUAUCUGAAGAGGUUCCUGCAGUGGAAGUGGCUGGAGACGCAGCCGGUGGGAGAGGACUGGUUUUUGGAUUUCCGCGUUUUAGGUAAAGGUGGCUUUGGGGAAGUGUCCGCCUGUCAGAUGAAAGGCACGGGAAAACUGUACGCCUGCAAAAAGCUCAACAAGAAAAGGUUAAAGAAAAGAAAAGGUUAUGAGGGAGCGAUGGUGGAGAAAAGGAUCCUCGCCCGAGUUCACAGCAGGUUCAUUGUCUCCUUGGCUUAUGCCUUCCAGACAAAAAUCGAGUUAUGUCUGGUCAUGACCAUCAUGAAUGGAGGAGACCUGAGGUUAAAACUUCAAUCAACACUUUUACACUUAUUAUUAUUAUUGUUUGUUUCAUAUCAUCUUCAGAUUAGUUCAAAUUACACAAUGUCUUCCUCCCUGUCCCUGAUCAAUAACUUUGCUUCCAGGUAUCACAUUUACAAUGUGGAUGAGAACAACCCAGGCUUUGAUGAGCCGCGGGCCUGUUACUAUACGGCACAGAUUAUCCAGGGCAUGGAGCACCUCCACCAGAAGAGGAUCAUUUAUAGAGACCUGAAGCCAGAGAACGUGUUGCUGGACAAUGAGGGUAACGUACGAAUCUCUGAUCUGGGUCUCGCCGUGGAGCUGGCAGAUGAUCAGUUCAAAAUCAAGGGCUACGCUGGAACCCCAGGUUUUAUGGCUCCCGAGCUUCUUAAAGGCGAAGAGUACGAUUACUCUGUGGAUUAUUUCACUCUGGGAGUCACACUCUAUGAGUUCCUGGCUGCUAAGGGACCUUUCAGGAGUCGCGGAGAGAAGGUGGAGAACAAGGUGGUGAAGAAACGGAUUCUGAACGAUCCCGUAACCUAUCCCGAAAAGUUCAGCGAGAGCGCCCGGUCCAUCUGCGAGGGUCUGCUGUGCAAGGAGGUCGACAAGAGGUUCGGGUUCAAGGACGGCUCGUGCGACGAGCUGAGGGCUCACCCCUUCUUCCAGGAUAUCAACUGGAGGAAACUGAACGCAGGAAUCCUCCCUCCCCCUUUCGUGCCAGACUCUAAGACGGUGUACGCCAAGGACCUGGAUAACGUCGGCGCCUUCUCCACGGUGAAAGGCGUGGCUCUGGAAGACGUAGACAAGGAAUUUUUCGAUGAGUUCGCCACAGGGAACAUCCCCAUCCCCUGGCAGGAGGAGAUGAUAGAGACCGGGAUCUACGGAGAGCUCAACGUGUGGGGCCCCGGCGGCACCCUGCCCAACGACCUGCGGCGUGAAUCCAUCCUGGAGCAGCCGCCCAAGUCCUCCACCUGCGCGCUGUGCUGAGAGUUCAACAUGAAACCUCUCUUCUCUAUGAGAGCGAUUGUACAGGGACUGUCAUGAGAACUGAGCACUUUUCAAGCAAGAAGUCAGCGAAGGAAAAUUCAUGUCAUCGAUGAUUCUUUUUUUGUUGUUGUUGUAUUUCAAGAACUGCAUAAUGUAAGGAUAUUUAUAGGAUUAUUGUGCUUUUUAACAACUUUACUCCAGAGUAAGAAAUUACUCAACAGUUUGCGUAGCUAUUUGAUCUUUCAUCAGGCUUCUUUAAAAACAUUUUUCUUUAUUUUUUUGCAAAAUAUACAGAUUUCUUUCUCAAUGUAACAGUUCUACUUAGGAGUAAAAAAAAAGUGAAGUUUCAUAAGUCCUUUAUUUUAGUUUAACAUUUUUUCAAGCCUAUCAUGUUGGAGGUUAAUGUUUAAUAUUCUAGUUUAUGCAUUUACAAAGUAUUCAUUCAUUUUUUCAAAUUCCACCAUAAUCAUCUCUUUUUGCCGAAACAAAAACGGUGACAAUGUGUCAAUCAUUGUAAAUAAUUAUUUGAAUAUGUUAAAUAUUAAUAAAAUCCCUCUGAAAAAUGUGAAUAAAAACCUUAAAUUGAA